CUCCGCUGCAGGAGGGAAGCCUCUCCUCUAAACUUCCUCUACAACGCAAUUACACUCGCUGUAAACUUUGUUUCCUUGCGUCACAUCACCUUUACGCCUGUGCAGAGGUGAGGAGGGAGGAGGAGUCCGGCUGGGAAGGUGACGGAUAAAAGCGCAGGUAGGCUGAAGAUGCGGGGAAGCUGCUGCAGCUGAGUCGAGAUAACGAGUUCAUCAUGGGUAACUGGAUUAUCAACAAUGGCCUUACAUCGUUCAUACUGGUGGUGUGGAUGGGCAUCAACAUCUUCCUUUUCGUCUGGUUUUACUUCUUCUACGAUCUGGGGGAUCAGUUUUUCUACACGCGUCAUCUUUUAGGGUCUGCCUUGGCCUGGGCCAGAGCUCCAGCGGCUGUCCUCAACUUUAACUGCAUGCUGAUCCUGCUGCCUGUGUGCAGGAACCUGCUGUCUCUGAUCCGAGGCUCCUUCGUGUGUUGCGGCAGAUCAAUGAGGAAACAACUGGACAAAAAUCUGAGUUUCCACAAACUGGUGGCGUACAUGAUCGGUCUGAUGACAGCUGUGCAUAUGAUCGCCCAUCUGUUGAACGUGGAGUGGUACAACAACAGCAGGCGAGGAGUUUACGAUAAACUCAGCACGGCUCUGUCCAACCUGGAGGAUACAGAAAACACCACCUACCUGAACCCGAUCCGCACAACAAACGUCGAUGCGCAGCAGACUCCAACCUACUUUGUCUUCACCACCAUCGCCGGCCUCACAGGGGUCAUCAUCACGCUGGCCCUCAUCCUCAUCAUCACCUCCUCCAUGGAGGUCAUCAGACGGAGCUACUUUGAGGUCUUCUGGUACACCCACCAUCUCUUCGUCAUCUUCUUUGCUGGUCUGGUGUUUCACGGAGCAGGCUUCAUCGUGAGGAGACAAGUGCCAACGGACCCACCGCACAACUUCACCUUUUGUAAAGACCGCAGUGAUGACUGGGGACGGAUCCCCGAGUGUCCCAUCCCUCAGUUUGCAGGGGGGCCAGCGCAGACCUGGUGGUGGGUGAUCGGCCCGAUGAUUCUGUAUAUCUGUGAACGUCUGCUGCGUUUGAUUCGUUACAUGCAGAGAGUCCACUACAGGAGGAUCGUGAUGCAUCCGUCCAAGGUGCUGGAGCUGCAGCUGGUGAAGGACGGUUUCAAAAUGGAGGUGGGUCAGUACGUCUUCCUGAACUGUCCGGUCAUUUCCCAGCUGGAGUGGCACCCGUUCACCAUGACCUGCGCCCCCGAGGAGGACGCAAUCAGCAUCCACAUCCGCUCGGCCGGCGACUGGACAGACAAACUCAUCGACAUCAUGCAGCAGCUACCAGAGGGAGCACAGGGACCCAAAAUGGGUGUGGACGGACCCUUUGGCACAGCCAGUGAGGACGUGUUUGACUACGAGGUGAGCAUGCUGGUCGGCGCCGGCAUCGGAGUCACUCCCUUCGCCUCCAUCCUCAAGUCCAUCUGGUACAAGUUCAAAAUCUCCAACCCCAAACUGCGCACCAGAAAGAUCUACUUCUACUGGCUGUGCCGGGAAACACACGCCUUCGAGUGGUUUGCCGACCUCCUGCAGGUGCUGGAGAAAGAAAUGGAGGAGAGAGGGAUGGGGGAUUUCCUCACCUACAAACUCUUUCUGACCGGAUGGGAUCAGAAUCUUGCUCGUCAUGCCUGGGUUCACGAUGAUGAGGACGCAGAUGUCGUCACUGGGCUGAAACAGAAGACUCACUUUGGCAGACCCGUCUGGGACAAGGAGUUCGAACAAGUCCGCAAAGAGAACCCCACGUCCGUGGUGGGAACGUUCUUGUGCGGCCCUGAAGCUCUCGCAAAAGUUUUGGAGAAGAAAUGUGCCAAAUACUCAGACGUGGAUCCUCGGAAGACCAAAUUUUACUUCAACAAGGAGAACUUCUGAGCAAGCACAGCAGCAUUUGGGCUUUUUGAAGGACAACAGUUGGUGGAAAGUUUCUUCCACUGUGGAUGUAAUGUAAAACUAUUAAUGACAAAGCUGCCCGACAACCUGUUGCACUAGCUGGGUGUUUUUCCCACACUGCAGACUUUACUGCUCAUUAAUGAAGAGGCAGGGCAUGUUGUUUUAUCAGGACUACUCAGGGACUUACUCGCUUUCAUCACAUCUCUUCAUCCAUAAAAUCACAGCCUCAUAAUCCAUUAUGACUCAUGGCUUAUACGGUCAGUUACACUCAGAUGUUUGUAGACUCAUAUCAUUGAUUUAAAGCCGUAUUUCUGGAGAAACCUUCGAGUUUCUGAUGGCCUGAGAGUAUAUUGGUUUCCAGAAGUAUUUUACUGUUACUAGACGUCAGGACCUCGGAUGUUUUACCUCUGCAGUGCACUUUUUGUUAGCACUCCAUCUGGAAAGACUAGCUUUCUUUGCACAAAGACUAACACACUAAAACUGUGUACAACUGAAUGGGCUUUAGGAUUCUGUAAUUGACAAUUUAACACUACAGCAGCUCAUCUAGGGCUGCAACUAAUCAAUAUUUCCAUUAUUGAAUAAUCUGCCAGAUUUUUUUUUCUUGUGUGAAUGUCAGAAAAAAUAAAUAAUUUGCCCAUCAGUGUCCCAGAUCCAAAGUUAAUGUCCUUAGAUUCUCAUUUUAUCGGACUAAGAGUUCAAAAUCCAAAAGAUUUGGGCUUUUUAAAAAAAAAAAAAAAAAUUGUUUGUCAAUAUUGUUGAUUAAUUUUCCAUGGAUCAAUUAAUCUUUCUAGCUCUGAAUCAGCAUAUUUUUAUAUUUUGAAAUCAUAUUUUCCACUUCAGACAAUGAGCCUACGAUCAAAUACACUGUUAAUAUCAUGUUGUGUUCUUAGACUUUUUUUUUUAAAAGGUUUACUGGUUAAGGAAACAAGUUUCUUGGAAACAGACAAUGGUUUAUUAUAACCCGUCAAAUUCUCUGGUAAGUCCUUAUCAGAGUGAUAAGACGACAAGUAAACAAGGAGGAAGACUUCCCGUCACAUAGCCUGUGGGUUAAUUAUCCCUGAGUGACGUGGAAGGACGUGAGGUUAUUGACAUUAUGUGUUUUAAAUCCCCUUUCCUGUCUGUACACGCUCAUUUUGAAUAAACAAAUGAAACA